GAUUCCUCCGCGGCUGGUAAAGCGCGCCCGCUGAAGAGGAAGCGACCGCGCGACUCCAGAGGAAACACGCUCUCUGUGCGCUCGUGCGAGCGGUGCUUCAAACAAUAGAAGGUGAAGAUUUAUCAGUGCAGAGAUGUCCGGUGGUGUGAUCCGCGGCCCUGCUGGAAGCAACGAUUGCCGCAUAUAUGUGGGAAACCUGCCGCCCGAUAUUCGCACCAAAGAUGUCGAAGAUGUGUUUUAUAAGUACGGAGCCAUCCGAGACAUCGAUCUGAAGAAUAGACGAGGCGGACCUCCAUUCGCCUUUGUCGAGUUUGAAGACCCCAGAGAUGCGGAGGAUGCUGUUUAUGCUCGUGAUGGCUAUGACUAUGAUGGCUAUCGACUCCGAGUGGAGUUUCCUAGGAGUGGAAGAGGAAUGGGCAGAGGAGGUUUUGGUGGGGGUGGUGGUGGAGGCGGCGGUGGCGGCGGAGGAGGAGGUGGUGGUGGGGCUCCUAGAGGUAGAUAUGGACCCCCAUCCAGACGUUCGGAGUACAGAGUAAUUGUUUCUGGGCUUCCACCGAGCGGCAGCUGGCAGGAUCUGAAGGAUCACAUGCGUGAAGCAGGUGAUGUAUGUUACGCUGACGUUUUCCGAGAUGGAACUGGUGUGGUGGAGUUUGUUCGCAAAGAGGACAUGACCUACGCCGUUCGCAAACUGGAUAACACAAAAUUCCGGUCGCAUGAGGGAGAAACUGCGUACAUCCGUGUAAAGGUGGACGGACCCCGCAGUCCAAGCUAUGGAAGAUCAAGGUCAAGGAGCCGCAGUCGCAGCAGGAGUCGCAGCCGCAGCAACAACCGUAGCCGAAGCUACUCUCCACGCCGCAGCCGAGGAUCCCCGCAGUACUCGCCACGUCAUAGCCGUUCCCGCUCUCGCUCCUAAAGCGCUCUGCUCGUCACCUCGCUGGUGGAGCCCUUGAGUCGUUUUUGUUUUUACAGUCUUUACAAAUCAUGAACCCCAUGUUUUAAUUACCCUCUUUUUCGUAAGACAGUUCUUAUGAAUGUUGUCUUUGUUUUUUUUCCCCUCCCUCUUCAUGUUAGUUUUAAACAUGUUUUUAACUGAACCCAUUUUGUUUUCCCCAUCCUUUUUUAUUAUUAUUUUUUUUCUCCAAUACAUAGUGGAAGUCUUUCAUAGAUCAAACCAAGGAUCAUGUAAUGACUCCCAAUAUUUUUGUAAAUGCCAUGUACGAAAGUUAAUCAUGGGAUAGUGGGUUCCACAGUUGUUUUAUGCUGUCUUCCUCUAGACGUGACACAGAACUGAUGCUUUGUAAUAAAGAUUACUAAAUCUA